CAUCACUAAUGAUUUCGAAAAAUCGCAGCACUUUACAUAACGUUUUACCUAAUCACGAUAAUUUUAUGAUUGUUUACAAAAUACGACUCCUUGGUGCUGGAAAUUCAGUAGUUGGUCGAAAACGUGCCAUAAUAGUCGUGCCAGAAGUAGAAAAAAAUGAAAUAACAAGUGAAGAAAAACUAAUCUUACCUUAUUAGAAAAACCGAAUUAAAACAAAUGAAGUUGAAUUAAGUGACUUGUCGAACUAAGCAUAUAAGAGCAGUGAACAAUUGAGUUUUAAAAGUUAAUUUAAAUUAAAUAAAUACAUAAAAAUGACAAAUGUUGCGGUUUUUGUAUUUUUAUUGGAAAAUCUGGCAGGUUUUAACAACGCCCUAAACGAUACUCUAAUACAGAACUCAAAAUACAUGAACAGUAAUGUGUUACCGAUCUUAGAAAAAUGUGACAUUACCACCACAGACCAGAUCUUGAGCGCAGUCGGUCAAGAUUUGGACUUGCUCAUCAUUCCAUCGUUCAGACAGGAAGACAACCGCCUGACCGAUGGUCAGCUCAAAGAACCGUCUUCUGAAUCUAUAUACAAUACAGUUUACGACGAUUCAAAGCAAGAAGAGGAAAUCACCAAAGACCUUUAUGCCGAUAAAUUUUAUAACGCUAUAAACAACGAAUUUAAUACAUUCAAGACACAAGACUAUAAGAAAGAAUUUGAUGAAAUUGAACCAGUAACUCCCAGAAAAGAGGUCCACGAAGUGACUACUGAAACGCAAAUUGAGUUUCCGGAAAGCGCGCCGUUUUUGGUCGCCAUAUUUGAGACGCUUGCUAAUGUUACUGCGCAGACUUGUGCCGGAACUCUGUUGACGCCGCGAUUUGUGCUCACAGCUUAUAACUGUAUCAAUAUCUUGAGCAAUGUGUAUCUGAACAAUACUAACAUGACAGAAGCAAGCCACUACACCAUAGUGGCAGGGUCUUCCAACCCCCUGCUGGACGGAUCAGCUCACAACGUGACAGAAGUGCUCUUGCACCCUGAGUUUAACUCUUCAAGUGGAGAGAGCCCUUAUCUGGCACUCAUGAGGAUUGAGCCCGAGGUGGAGGGACCGACCAUGGAACUGAUGGCUGAGGAGGUCUAUACCGGGGAAAUUAUGGUGUAUGGCUGGAUAUUGUCGAAGAACGAAUCAGACCACGAAAUGUUGAACCGCACAUCGUCGGGGGGUCAGAUUGUAACCCCGGCGGAGUGCCACGCGAUGUACAGCUACCUGGACAAUGAUAUCCUCUGUCUCUUCAGCAUGGAUAUGGACAAGAAUAUUACACAGCUAAGCUCGGGCGGCCCAGUGCUGAUGGUGCACGACAACAAAGUGAAGAUGUUAGCGGUCGUCCAGACUGAUGACCACGUGUUCAUCUCCUACCCUCUCGCGGCCCACUACGACUGGAUCACCAGAACUAUCAGUAAUACAUGA